AUGGGUAUUAUCCAGUACAAAGAUAAUGACCUUAUCCACAGGCCUGAGACUGGAAGUGCUUCGGUUUUUGCAGUGGAUGCCCCGCGUUCACCUUUAACCAAAGAGGAGCUCAUGUCAAAGUUCCCAGACGUUUUUGGUGACAGCCUAGGCCAACUGGACGGUGAAUACAAGAUUAAGUUAGAUGAAACGGUUCCCCCAGUACAGCAUGCUCCGCGUCGCAUCGCAAUGGCAAUAAGGCCUAAGCUUAAGGAAGCAGUAGAUGAUUUAGAAGCACAGGAUGUCGUAGCUCCGGUGACCACGCCCACCAGGUGGAUAAACUCCAUUGUCGCAGUACGAAAGAAGAAUGGAAAGGUGCGCAUAUGUCUUGACCCCAAAGAUCUGAAUCGUGCAAUACAAGGAGAAAAUUAUCAGCUUCCGACAGUUGAGGACAUUGCGACACGCCUGCAUGAAGCAAAGGUCUUCACAAUUAUGGAUGUCAAGAAUGGGUUCUGGCACGUCAUCCUUGAUGAAGAAUCUUCAUACCUGACGACCUUUACGACCCCUUUGGUCGUUAUCGCUGGAGGCGCAUGCCAUUCGGAAUCUCAUCAGCUCCGGAAGUGUUUCAACGGAAAAUGCACGAGCUUAUUGAAGGCAUGA